AUGCGCACAUUCGCCCCAACCGCGCGCCUCGUGCAGCAGUCUUUGCGCACGAGAGCUUCAUUGCAACCUCCGCAACGUGCAUCGCAACGGUUGUUUACAAGCACAUCUCACAUGCGACUUCUGGCAAGUCCGCUGAAUAUUUCGAAAUGGAUCUCUGAAAACUCACACAUGCUCCAACCGCCGAUUAACAACUACUGCGUAUACGACAAGGAUGUAACCGUCAUGAUCGUCGGCGGCCCCAACGAACGCACCGACUACCAUAUCAACGAGACUGCAGAAUGGUUCUACCAAUACAAGGGCUCCAUGCUAUUAAAGAUUGUCGACGAGGGCCAGUUCCGCGACAUCCACAUCCAUGAGGGCGACAUGUUCCUCCUGCCACCCAACACCCCGCACAACCCCGUGAGAUUCAAGGACACGGUCGGUAUCGUACUGGAGCAACACAGGCCGGAGGAGAGCCUGGAUAGACUCAGGUGGUACUGUCAGAACUGCGGGGAGAAGGUGCAUGAGGCGGCGUUCCAUUGCACGGACUUGGGCACGCAGAUCAAGGAGGCGGUCAACAACUUCAAGGCAGACACGGAGGCGAGGACCUGCAAGAAUUGUGGCACGUUGUGUGAUACUGCGCCGCCGAAGUGA